AUGGCCAACAACCAAACAUUGAGGGAGCUGGCUGCCCCGGAGCUGACUCACCAGCCCUUAUGCAUCACAUUCCCCGCUUUGGCUGAGAAUACCGCUUUCGAACUGAAGUCGGGAUUAAUUCAACUCUUACCCUCUUUCCAUGGUCUUUCUGGCGAAGAACCCCACAAGCACGUAAAGGAGUUCGAGGUGGUCUGCUCUAGUAUGAAACCUCCUGGGGUCACUGAAGAGCAAAUUAGACUGAGAGCCUUCCCGUUCUCUCUAAAAGAUGCAGCUAAAGAUUGGCUGUACUACCUACCAGCAGGUAGUAUUACCACAUGGGCGCAGCUGAAAAAGAAAUUCUUGGAAAAAUUCUUCCCUGCAUCCCGGGCUGCGAGUUUGAGGAAGGAGAUCUGCGGCAUUAAACAAUACCCCGGGCUCCAAUCAACCGAUAGAAGUAUCAUCGACGCUGCAAGUGGGGGAGCACUGGCAAACAAGACACCAAGGGAAGCGUGGGAGCUCAUCGAAGCCAUGGCAGAGAACUCCCAGCAAUUUGGCUUCCGUGAGAGCAACCCUCCCCGUAGAGUCAACGAGGUAGAGAUUUCAUCCUUACAGCAGCAAAUGUCAGAAUUGACGUCAGUUGUUAGGCAAUUAGCUAUGAGAGACGCGCCGCGAGCGAAGGUGUGUGGAAUAUGCACAAGCAUGGACCACCCCACUGACUCAUGCCCUAUGUUGCAAGAGGAUGGAGCUGAACAAGUGAACAUGGCUGGAGGCGUGCCCGCGCCUCAAAGACCGUACGACCCAUACUCCAACACGUACAACCCUGGUUGGAGAGAUCACCCCAAUUUCAGCUAUUGUAGUAGGCCACAAAAUGCAUUCUCUAAUCGGCCUCCAGGUUUUCAGCAACCUUGGCAACAUAAGUCUCAACCCUCGUCCUCAAGCUCAGGGAGUUCUUUGGAAGAAAUUGUCAAGAGUUUGGCCACGACUACCACUCAACUCGUCACGACCACCACUCAGCUCCAGCAAGAGACCAGGUCAUUGACCACAAAUAUGGCUCAACUCCAGCAAGAAACUAGAGUCUUAACCAUGAGCACCACUCAGUUCCAGCAGGACACAAAAGCAGGCAUGAAGGAUAUGGAGGCUCGAAUAAGCCAAAUGGCAACUGCCAUCAAUCGCUUGGAGUCCCACGCUUAUGGAAAGUUACCCUCACAACCUGAAGUAAAUCCCAGGAAUGUACCUAAGUACGCAAAGUUCUUGAAAGACUUGUGCGUUAACAAAAGAAAGCUAAGGGGUGAUGAAAGAGUGAUGGUGGGAGAGAAUGUAUCAGCUGUACUUCAAAGGAAACUCCCACCCAAAUGCGGAGAUCCAGAAUUUUCUAAAUUUGCUUAUAGGGGUAAAUCCAAGGUUGCUGCGAACAAGUCCUAUAGGGUGAAAGCAAUUCAUGAGGUUCGGGCUUUGGAGGCUCGCAUGGUCAACGUUGAUGCCAAUGUAGCUGGCAUAGCACAGAAUUUGGCGCAAUUUCUGCAUCAUACGGGUUUUCCUCCUCCAGCUGCGCCUCGUCCACCUCUUUGA